UCAACARACGCCCCAUUUUCUAAACUAAUGCAUUAUAGGAACCUCGUUCUUAUUGAAAAUUUUACGCUUAAAACUUUCCCAAAUCCACUUUCUUGAUUCACUCACAGAAUCGCCACGAUAACUACUUACAUUUUUGCACAGAAAUCACAAUKAAGUUGAGUUAUUAUUUAUGAAAUCUCAAUUACUUCUCGGCUUUGUAGUUUACAAUCCAUCCUACACCACCCCUGCUAAGGUCUUCAGACGUACAAUUCUUUGACGUCAUUUGCCUGAUUCUAUAGAAACAAGCUGUGAAUGGGAAACGUUUCAACAACAGUUUCAAAAAACUUCGUUUCCUAAGGUUAGCAAUCUUGUCCAUAAUCAUCAAGCUGAAGAAAUAAGUAAAAGAUCGCACUUCAUGUGAAAGCCUUUGGUAAUGAGUAUAAAGUUCUUAUCGGGUAUGUGUAUUUGUGUAUUUUUUUUACUAAUUGCGUGCGUUUUUAAAAUAAUUUUAAUGCAAACAUACAGAUUGAGGAAGACCUCCACCUAGAACUUAAAAAGCUACAGGAGAACUUACAUCCUUACUGAGACUAAGGCAUUAAAAGUGCUGCAAAAAUUGACUGUGUUGUCAAAAUGGCUUCAGUCCUUAUGUAGACGGACAUCAUCUAGAGCUGGAUCCCUUCAAAACAUUUACAAAAGUAUCUUAAAAGUUAAAAAUGCCAUAAAUGCAAACAAAUGGAAAGUUUUUUUGACGUUUGAGAGGAGAGUAGCUGCUAGCAACUAACUCAAAACGAACAAUGGACAAAAACUCAAGCACUCAAGCGUGUUUCUUUAUAACGUACAACCAUCAGCAAAUCCAAGAUGGCCGCCUAAUUUACAUAAUUGCUGCCAUUAUCGCGACUGGUUGUAUUCUACCAUCGGUUACCUUAAACAUCUUAUUAAUACGGUCUCUUGGAGCAUCAACGUCUUUAAAAAAGCCUCCCACAUUAUUAUUGUAUAGCCUCUCUAUAUCGAACUUAUUGAUGGGCGCCAUUUUGCAACCGGUUUAUCUGGUGAAGAAGAUCGCCGAGCUGAGAACCUAUUUCAAUUUAUACUGCGUCACCGGGUUGUAUUGCUACGUUGUCGGUUAUACUUUAGCAACUGUGUCGCUAUUYACGCUCACCGCCAUCGCUGUUGAUCGAUACUUCAUUGUACAUUGGGGAUUGCAUUACCCAAUUCGCGUCACGCAACGACGAGUUUAUGUCACCAUUMUCCUUAUAUGGGUACUGAGCAUAAUACUCAGCACUGCCCAGCUUUACAUGCCCAGGUCCUUAACGUUCCCAAUUGCCGGAGCAGGCAUGGGACUUUGUGUUCUUGUGUCUGCAGCGUGUUACGUAAGUAUUCUGAGGACGUUGAGGAGAAGACGGAUUGGGGUACAGCAACUGAACGAGGCUCCGGGCAAACAUCGACWUCCUCGUGUCGAUAGAUACGSAAAGUCGGCCAUGACAAUGUUACUUGUGUUCUUGGUAUUCAUGAUAUGUUAUUUGCCAUAUYUAUGCACAAUGGUUGCUGGUUCGGUGCUAGGRGAGUCAUUUGAAGGAAUCGGGUCAGCGGAGAGUAUUGUCACAGUUAUCGCGUAUACAAAGUCGACUAUCAACCCUAUCAUUCUCUUUUGGAGAAUUCGCGAGAUACAAAACGCCCUCAUUGGAACGCUUAGAAGGCUAUUAUUGAGACUUAAGGUAACAACARUUAAUGAACACACAAGACGACGCGUCACUCCAGUUUCAGAACUUGAGAACACAUGGAUUAUGUAGCUAUAUGGUUAAUCUUGUCAACUUCACGUAUGAAAAUUAGGUGUAAUUUUUGAAAUUAGAUGUAAAAUUUAACCUCCACAUUCAAACUCAUGUAAAUUUACCACUUACAUUAAAAACAGCUUUAAGAAAAAUUUGAGGAUAUUACAUGGGCGCGCAGAGAUAUGGAUUUUAUCUUCGGGUGUUGAAAAGAUCUCUCACAAGUGAGAGCAGUGAGCGAGGGAGAGAUUUUUUUCAACACUCGAAGAUAAAAUCCGUAUCKCCGUGCGCCCAUGUAAUAUCCUCUAUAUAUUAUACAAACUACAAGUAAGUAAUAAAGACU